AAAAGCGCAGUUCGUUCUUAUAAUCCAAUUUUGAGUUUCAAGACAUACUCGUUGCUACCUUCCCACCUUCCCAACCAAACCACUCGCAACCAUGUCUGAUGAAGAAGAUAUUGCUGCCCUUGUCAUUGACAAUGGCUCCGGAAUGUGCAAGGCCGGAUUUGCAGGAGACGAUGCCCCUCGAUCCGUAUUCCCUUCUUUGAUCGGCCGUGCCCGGCAACCCGGAAUCAUGGUUGGUAUGGAACAGCGUGACGCCUACGUCGGUGACGAAGCCCAGGCCAAGCGUGGUGUCCUCACCUUGAAGUACCCUAUUGAGCAUGGUAUCGUCACCAACUGGGACGAUAUGGAAAAGAUCUGGCACCACACUUUCUACAAUGAGCUCCGUGUCGCCCCCGAGGCCCAUCCAGUCCUGUUGACCGAGGCUCCCCAAAACCCCAAGGCGAAUCGUGAACGCAUGACGCAGAUCAUGUUCGAGACCUUCAAUGUCCCGGCCAUGUACGUCAACAUUCAGGCUGUCCUUUCGUUGUACGCUUCUGGUCGUACCACAGGAUGUGUUCUCGACUCAGGCGAUGGUGUGUCCCACACUGUCCCCAUCUAUGAAGGAUACGCCCUUCCGCACGCCGUCAUCCGUCUUGAUCUCGCUGGACGCGACUUGACUGAUUACCUCAUGAAGAUCUUGACAGAGCGUGGUUACUCGCUGACAACAACCGCCGAGCGCGAAAUUGUCCGUGAUAUCAAGGAAUCUCUCUGCUUCGUCGCUGUUGACUUUGAAGAAGAAAUGAAGAAGGCGUCUGAGUCAUCUGCCCUUGAAAAAUCUUUUGAACUUCCCGAUGGUAACAUUAUUGUCAUUGGAAACGAACGUUUCCGUUGCCCCGAGGUCCUCUUCCAGCCUAACUUGUGUGGUUUGGAGAUGGAUGGUAUCGCCGACUCCACCUUCCAGACUAUCAUGAAGUGCGAUGUUGAUAUCCGUAAGGAUUUGUACGCCAACAUUGUUCUCUCUGGAGGAACUACCAUGUUCCCAGGAAUCUCCGAACGUAUGUCGAAGGAAAUCACUGCCCUGGCCCCCGCCUCAAUCAAGGUCAAGAUUGUAGCCCCACCAGAGCGCAAGUAUUCCGUCUGGAUUGGAGGAUCUAUUCUCGCCUCGCUUUCGACCUUCCAGUCCAUGUGGAUCUCCAAGGAAGAAUACGACGAAUCUGGCCCGUCGAUUGUGCAUCGCAAGUGCUUUUAAUGAUUUUAUUUAUUGUGUGGGUUCUUUACAUAUGUUGGUAGCGGCCGUGAGGGAGUUGCCUCUUUACGAUAGUAUCUAUUGGUUUCUAUAAUUGGUUUUCAUAGGAAAAAAACUGCUUGUGAUUAUCCCGAUCUCCUCCUUCUCGAUUUCGGUCCCGACAACAAUGUCGAUAUACGUACCAACUUGUUGCCCUUGUAGUCAGAUAUUGUGUGUGUGUGUGUUUCGAAUGAGCUUUUCCGACGAGUACAGCGUUGUCAAACUAUUUCCCCAGUGUACAAAUGUAAUGAUUGCUUCAAUAACUCAUGGAAGUGGCGCCAGUGGCUCGUAUUCUGAAGUCUCUUCCAGAGUCCGUAGAAAGCCUGUGACGUCGGCGUCGUCCUGGAAGGCCGCGUAAACAAUUCGACCUUCCGGCAUAUUUCGUGGCCACCAGCACGUACGACCAGCCAUUCCUGUGAUGAUCGGAACAACCACUGUUCGGAUCACAAAUGUAUCCAACAAGACGGCCGUAGUGAGGACAAAUGACCACUGAUACAACACAGGACUGGCGCUGAACAUUAGCGAUCCAAAAGCAAAUGCCAUUAUCAAACCGGCAGCCGUAAUGAUGCUUCCAGUCGAAUGUAAGCCUGCAGCCACUGAGGACUUGUGCUCGUAACCCUGAUUUCGAUAUUCCAAAAUGCGGCUCACUAAAAAGACAUCGUAGUCCAGUGCCAGUCCCACGACUAUACUGAAUGCCAUUAUCGGGACGAGCCAGCACAUUUCGUCUCCGACCGAGGUCAACACACGAACGUGCGACCAAUUGAAAAUCCCUCUCUGGAAGACUAGAACAGAGAGUCCGAAUGAGAAACCAAGCGUUAAACCAAUACUCAAGAUACUACGAAGUGGAGUGAAGAUGCUGCGGAAGAAAAGCCCCAUAAGGAGAAAUACAACAACCGUAGUUAUGGCAAUCAUCGUUGGAAAGGCUGCGUGUACCGCUUGCACAGAAUCGAAGGCGAUCGAUGCCGGUCCUUGUAUGUGUACCUUGACACCUGACAGCAUGCCUUUUCUUUCCAUCUGUUUAAUCGUCGCCCGUGCACCUUCUAACCAAGCAAUUCCUUCAUCCGAAAAGGGACUCACUCCAAGUACAGCGUCAACGUACGUAGAGUAACGAUCGUGGGAUGUGACGACCUUGUCAAUCUCAUCGAUAACAUGCAUCAGUUCCGAAGGACAAUGAGGGCGGAUGUUGUUACUGCAUACUUUGGACAUGGAAUACAGCAAGUGAGGUACACGCGUAUUCUUGAUGAUCGCCACGCCUGUGUAAACUGCUGCGCGAGCCAGAGGCUUCUGGAGGACGAGCAGUUCUUCGUCGGCCUCGUUUCUUUCCGCAUUUGAGUUCGAUAGUUCCGUUUGCGUACGAUUCUGAAUAUCCUGUUUUUCAAUACUGGCGAGAUGGACCAUACCUUCCUGAGUGUCAUCGUCCAAGGCAAUUAGUUCUUCGAUUACCAUGUGCAUGGUCUUAAACCCUUCAUUGGAUGUCAUUGUGAGGUUGAAAGCAGCGCCAUCGAAAAGAAUACGAUAGGGAUUCAACCGUCCUUCGCCAAGGGUGGCUCCAAGGCUGUGAAACGUUUUAAGCGAGGGACUGUCCGACGGCAGGAGUAAAUCGAAGGAAAGAGAUGAGUUGAUUUUGCUGCUAAAGUACGCCACUGGAAGUAGCAGUUGACACGUAAUCAGCAAGAUGAUCACACCGCGAUAAGAAUGCAGAAGUUGCUUGGCCAUGCGAAACCAUACCGAAGGCAGCGGUGGAGAAAUGUUCUCCAUGCUUGGACUAGCCAUUCCGUCUCGGGAGGGGCUCGCUACUAUUGUGGCAUCGUCUUCACGUUCAUCGCUGUCUUCUUGGUCAACA